AUGUCUGUAGCCAUCGAUCUGCUGGCGGAUAUAGAUGAAUGCCAAGAAGGAUCGCCCUGUCACCAAAUUUGCACCAACUUACCGGGUAACUUCAUUUGUUCCUGUGACCCAGGAUACUAUCUUGAUGUAGAUGGAGUUUCGUGCCAUGAUGUUGAUGAAUGUUCUUCAAACCCAUGCCUAAACGGUGCAGAGUGUAACAACCUUGUGAACGCCUUCUCUUGUGAUUGCCCUCCAGGAUGGGAGGGCCACACCUGUGAAAUAGGCUACUGUACGUCAAAUCUUUGUCUCAAUGGAGGUACCUGUAUACCAGCUGAACGACGGUGUGCGUGCUCAUCGCUCUACGCGGGAACAACAUGCAGCAUUAACCAAACACAAGAUGGAGUGCCUUCCGUUACCACUCACCCCAUAAAUAGAACUGUAGGUAUAUCAGAGAUGGUAGUAUUGAACUGUGAAUUCAAAGAUGUUCAGCACUUUGACUGGUGGAGAGAUGGGAAAGAGGUGCCUGACACCCGUGAUAUAUCUAACUAUAUCAUCGAUGAGAUGAGCCCCCCUGAUCAGGCGUACUAUAGCUGUGUCGGUAUCCCAGAAAAUGGACCUCGUAUUGAAAGCAACCAAGCACUGCUUAGAAUCAGAGAUAUGUCUAUUUUUCAUCUGAAGUUCAAGCUUGUAAGAAAUUUCACGACAUUUCACGCUGAUCAAGAAUCUUCAGAUUACAAGGCCCUUGUACGUGCUAUAACAGAAAAUUUCGAGGUCGUGUUUGAGGCGCUUGAAACCGAGAAGGACACCAAUGGCACUAUUUACAUUCACGUGAAUCAACUUCUACCAGAUGACGGUGUGUUGGUUGAUAUGAGAGCCUACAUAGCCAACAGUAGCAUGAGUGCACAAGAAGAAAUGGACCUGCUGUGGAGCGGAUUGUUCUCUGUGGCGAACAUUUCGGAUGGUUACUUUGACCCUUCCAUCCUUCUGUUCUAUGUCCAAACACCUCUUGGUCUUCUCCGUAUGGUAUCGUUCAGUUUUCGUCAGGAGACCUUCAUUCGUGGAGUGAAUCGAGUGGAGAAUGUCCAUGAUGGAGAGCCAAUAGCACGAGCCGUCUGCUACGGUGAUUAUAUCUCUCCUUGUGCAUGGGUACCUUCAGAUAACUGCGGUGGCAAUAAAACAGCCGAUCAACUCUUAAUCUACUUACGAGAGAAUCUGAUGUCUGCUGAUGUCCAGGACGUUCUGUCCGACUUGACUGUUAUAUCCCAGGGCACGAAUAUUACUUCUGCUGGGGUCAAUGCUGCAUUUGACAUCAUUCACCGGACAGGGUCAAUUUCUCAACCAACACAAGAGAAUAUUGCCUCAGUCGUUGACAUCGUAAGCAACCUGGCCACAUUAGACAAAGGCCUCACUGUGGAUGCUGAGAAGAUGAAUGGCGCUGUCAGCAGAGCCACCAUGGCCGUAGAGAACAUCCUUCUAGCCAUUGACGUGCCUUCCAACCAAACCUUCCAACACGUGGCAUCGAACCUAGUGGUACAGGUAAUCAACUCUGACUCGGAUGGUGUCCGCGAUGGGAUUGUCUUCUCCAUCAUCGGCGACGAAAGCCAAUCCUUUGAUGAAAGUGACAUCCAGGUAUCCACCAACAAUCUUGGCAAGGGUAACCUAGGUGGUGCUGUCCAAGCAGCCAUCGUCAUGGGACCAGAGACCAUUGAUGAAGGCACCAUGGGGAAUAUAGCAUUUACUGUGUACCGAGACGAUGCAUUGUUUGUAAUGGACGAUGGUCAAGACGUUCAGGUGGGAAGCAAUGACGGGCGUCGCAAUAUCACGGUCAAUACCAAUAUCAUCGGAGCGAGCCUCGGUACGAAUGCAACAAAAGCUCUGAAUGAUCUGGUCACCAUAACACUGGCACACAAACAGGUAAAGAAACAAAAUCUCUUCAUAAACUAA